UAUUUUUAUUUUAUUAGUACAGUGACUUGGCGAUUAAUUUACACCAAUGUACGUAUGAAAAUUAAUCUAGAAUUUUAAAUGUUUCAUUUAAUGCACCACUAUUUACAGCACACAAUUAAGUUUGUUUUUGCUAUUCUCUUUUUGUCGACCUGCUGUUUGUUUAGUGAUCUUGAACACAUGUCGUUAGUUAUUUAUGUAAACCAGUGACCCGCUGCUGUGUGAAGGAAUGCGCUCAUCCUCUUGUUGAUGCGUCUCCAAGGUUACUGCCCUCAGAGAGCAGCUUGCCAUUGCUCUUUUGCUCAGAUUAGAGCUGAGCUUGAAUAAAGGGGCUAAAUCAAAGCAAAAGGUGAAUUUAAUUCCGCCGAGGCAUGGAGUCGAGACUGAAAUCUGCCCCGCACUCGGUGAAGCGGUGGCAGCUGAGCGGGACGGACUACGAACCGGAGCAAGCCCGCAACCAGCGGUCCCACACCCGCCUCAGCACCUGGACUCCUCUCAACAACAAACAGGGCAACAUUCAGCUGUUUGAGGAGAGGGUGAACCUCGUGCUGCACUGGUUCGACCUUUGGAGCGACGGCCAGAGGAAGCACUUGCUGCUCUCUCUGCUCGCGCGCUGCACCAAGCCUCAGCUCGAGUGCUGCAGGGACUCUCUGACCGAGGCGCUUCCGGUGACGAGGGCCGACUUCGCGGCGGUGCUGCCCCGCUUCCUGUCCCUCUACGUGAUGUCCUUUCUGACGCCCCGUGACCUCUGCAGCGCCGCCCGGGUCAGCUGGCACUGGAGGCUCCUGGCCGAGCAGGAUUGCCUGUGGGUGGGCCGGUGCGUCGGGAGAGGCUGGUUCCUCCCGUACGCGCCCGGGGAAAAGGAGUUCGGGGCGUGGAAGGGCCACUACGUCUCCUGCGUCUCCGCGCUGGACCUGCUCGCCCCGCGGGAGGCGGCCGAGCUGUACGGCGCGCUCGACCGGCCGAGCGCCGACGCCGCCCAGGAGGAAGAGGAGAGGAGGAGGAGGGAGAGGAGGACCAGGCAGAGAAUCAGAGACAAGCUUCAGGAGGAGAAGAGAGUGUGUAUGAGGACGAGGAGAGCCUGGGGCAGCUACUCUAAGCCGGAGGGAACCAGAGGUUCCAGGCCCAGCUCCGGGUCGACGCUCCUCUCCUGGCCUCCACAGUCUGCUGCGUCUUCCCGCCUCCUCGUCAGCGGCCGAGCCGUGACUUCAGCUCCGAGCUUGGAGCCCGUCCAGGCCUCCGGUCUUGGCAGUGAGAGACCGACUAAAGCCGGAGCAGCGCUCUCCUCCUCCUCCUCCACCCGCGGACCUGCACCGCCACGCUCAGUCUCUCCUAUGCAUCGCGCCGCCGCUCCUCCUCCUCUCCUCCUGCUGCUGCUCGUCUCCAACAGGCUCCCUGCUUACGAGCUGGUGCUGAGCGGGGUGAAGGCCGGGGUGCUCGCGGUUCUCUACGACCACAGGGGGACCCUCCCCGCCCUCUUGGCCCAGGUGCAGAGGGCUGUUUCCGGGCGGACGGCUCUGAAGCUCGGCCUGCUGGCUCCCGGAGGGACGGAGGAAAUUCAUCUGCUUCACGGUUGCCGUCUGUCAGAGCGGACUCUCCUGAACCCCGAUCACAGAGACUUCUGGGAAAAACUGUGUGGCUGGGUGGCACAGAGCGACGAAGGAGGAGGGAUUGACGUGUUCUCCCCGCUGGCUGCGUCCGCGUCAGGAGUUUCCCUCAUCCGCAAACUCUCUACUCUGACUGGCCUGGAGGUUCGGGCUCCAGCGGGUCUUGCCACUGGAAGUUUUCAGAGCAUCCUCGGCGAGUGGUCCGACGGCGGCGUGUGUGCUGAACUCCUUUACCAGCCGCCUUCCUCUCCAGCUGUGCAGUAUGUGUGUGAGCGUGUGCUGCAGAGCUGGUGCACGCAGGCCCACUGGAUGGAGGAGGCCCUCAGGGCCGUGAAGAGCUCCCUGGGGUCGGCCCUGCGGCGGGCCAGCCUCCAGGCCGGGGGCCGCGCUCUCGGUUAUUUCGCGUGGGAGGAAGUCUGCCUCGACAAGAUUUGUGUUUCCAAGGAUCUGAGCGAGGCUCUGACAGAAGGACUCGCCGCUCUCACGCGGCGGGAGGAGACCAGACCCCUGGAGUUUCUCUCUGCCUUCCUGUCGAGGUGGAGUCAGGGGGAGGGAGGACAGGAAUGUUUAAAAGAAACGCCUGAGCCGCCACAGACGGCGUUAGACUGGAGAGGAGCCGCUGCUCGAGAGCUGCACCACAGCGAGCGUCUUUAUGUAGCGAGGCUGAGCGCUGUGGUGAAGGUGUAUGAGGAGCCUCUCACAGCAGCUCUGAACUCCAACAGAGCCAUUCUAAGCUUCAAUGACAUCCGGAUCAUCCUCAGCCCCGUUACACUAAUACUGGAGCUCAACAGGGUGUUUUUGUCAGACUUGGGGUCCAGGCUGCAGCAGUGGGACGCAGACCAGUGCAUUGGGGACGUGUUUGUGAAACUGUGCUCAAAACUCCGAGUCUACACCAACUACCUCAACAACUACACCACUGCCCUGCUCACUGUCGACAAGUGCAGAGAGACUAAACCAGCGUUCCGGGCUUUCCUGAAGAGAGUCGACAGAACCCUUCCCACGCACAUGCUGAGCUUAGAGGAGCUGCUGCUGUGUCCCGUGUGGAGGAUCCAGGAGUACGUGACUCUGCUUCAAGCCGCGUCUCUACACACGCCCCCCGGUCACCCCGACGUCACGCACCUCCGCUCUGCCCUCAGCACGCUGCAGCGACUCAGAGACUUCACACAAAAGUUAAAGAGGAACUCGGAGGCAGACACACUUAUAAAGGAGACGCAGCAAAUGAUCCAGGGCUGCCCGAACCUCAGUGAAGGAAACAGGCAGCUGCUAAUAACUCAGGAAGCUGCUUUGCUCAUUAGUCCUGACGGACAGAUUCCAGACUCUUUAAGGACGUACGAGCACGUGUCCGAUGUUGGCCUGUUCCUGUUCAGUGACGCGUUGGUGCUGACACGGCGAAGCGUGCGCCACACGCCUUUCACACUGGCUCAUCAGAGCGCACACAGGUUCCUGGCCUCAGUGGCUCUCAGCAGCCUGAGCGUCAGAGAAAUCACACACACACGCUACGUGCGUCACGCUUUUGUCCUCGAGGGUCCCUGUCGCUCCUGGGUUGUCGCCACAGAAACGGGUGAAGAGAGGGAGCACUUCCUGUCUGUGCUGCGCUCAGCCAUCAGCUCUGCCCUGAGCAGGCAUCAGUGACGGACACACCAGCGAGACAAGACGAGGUUAGGACGCUGUCAGCCUUAAGACCGAAAGGAGAAAUGUCAAGACGUUGAAAAUACUGUAGCAACAUUUCAGAGUGGUUUCACCUGCCAUUUAUCAACAGUAAGACACAAUAAUAGUCAAACAUGUCAGCACGUAUUUUGAUAAGUGGACAUUUCUACUCUUUACACCGUCCCCAUCCUGUAUGUGUCUAAAGUGGACGUUGGCGUAUCUAUGUCUAAGGAGCAAAGGGAGGAGACCACAAGCUGGAACCCGUCUCCUAAAAACGUAUACACUACUUACACAACGUAUAGAGCUCGAUGGGACACGUGGUUGAGCAAUAUAUUGUGAGUCACAAGCACCAUUUUUAUGGUCAAAGAUUGUUUGUUUACAUUGAUACUCCAUUCACAAAUGUGCCACUUUAAGGAGCAGCGUUAAACUACACAGACCUCAGACUGAAGCGUUCAGGCUGUUGGUCGUCACAGCCUCAGUGAAUCUAAAAAGGGGAAUAUGGUCGAACGCAGCUGUUUGUUGUCUGAGCCUCCUUCAGACUCGUUGCUCCCUUUUAUAUCACUCACAUUAAUGCUAACACACUAAAAGGACAACAACAAAACACAAGUGCAGCAUCACACAACGUAAACACACUUUCCAAUCGCCCCUUAAGCCCACAAUGCACUGCGGUUUCUGUCCUCCACUAGUCGCCCUUUCAAGCCUUAUAUACAUGUGUCUCUCUCUGAGCCAAAUGAAACAAACAUCUUUGUGCAUGAUUACUGGAGGAACUCAACAAAUAUUGUUAAAGUAUAAAAAAUGUAUAGACUUAGGAUUGUUGUACAAAUUGUCUUGACUGUCUGUUCAUUUAAAACAUGCUCAAACUCUAUACAGGAGCCUUUGUGGUCUGCAUUCAGAAUUAGAACUACAAUGUUACCAAUUAGCAUUCUUUACCGUCCAACUGCACCACUAAUAUCACCAAAACACUAACAUGGCCCUAAAAAUCAAGUUA